AUGAUGUGUGAUGGUUUUGCCUUUCCUUGUACUUCAUCAAAGUGCCGUCAUUUUCGUGUUGAUGAGGAGUCGACAACAAAGUCCAGUUCAAACAUUGUAGACAAAGCUACCCAUGGUCUGGAUGCAGAACUCUCAUACGCACCAGAUUUGUCUGCCAAAACACAUUCAUUAUUGAUGCCACCAGUUUCAGAUAACUCCUUCAGCAUUUUCUCCAUCUACUUUACAGCACAACUCCACAAAUCGUCAGGUACACAACCAGAGCAGAAGUGCAAUGAAAGUAUGCAUGCAGAAGAGGAUCCUAUUCUACCAUCCACAUAUUCCUUCGUCUCAUUGCUUACGCUUUCACUAAUCAGCUGCUCAUUUGGUCAGGCAAACAUGGAGACAGAAAGACCUGAUAGUUGCGGUGACAACAAGCAGUUUGAAGCGAAUGGUGCGGUUUGUGUCGUGAAGUGUAGAUUACUUACUUCCAUUGGAAGACUUCCGACUUUUUGCUACAGUAUUCGAAGUGUAAGCAAUGAUUAUGAUGACCUCUCCAUCCUAGACUCUACCCAUAGUAAACGGAAAGAGCAGCGAAGUCCUAAAACAGCAAUAGAGACAUUGCCAAUCAAUUUUUUCUGCUUUUAUAGUUUAACACAAAAUGUUUUUUUUACAGAUACCUCUAGGGCGUGGGAAUUUGGAACAACAAUUACAUUUUUGUUAAAUAUACUAAAGCCUUUUAAUAGAGUUUACUUUCACUUGUUUACCAUUAAUGCUAAUGCAAAGAAACGUCCAGUAGGAGAUCAGUUUUUUAUUAACAAGUACAUUUGUUCAAAUCUUAAUUGGCUUGACUGGUUUUCUGUCACAAAGCAAUGUCCAUUACUUGCAUUUCAAAAGUCUUAUCCCACUUUUCUUUCUCCUCUUAUUGCUUCCAAUCGUCUUCUCUCCAGUUCUUACUUGUAUGCUUUGUACAUUACAUAUUUAUACUUAUUCAAUAUUUGCGUGAACGCCAUGAUUACAAAACUUGAUGCCGCAAUAAGACUGCAAAAUCAGGUAGUCCACAGCUCUUUUCAACAAUAUGCUGGCGUUAACACGAAGACGAACCAAUUCGAUACUUUUGGCCUAACGGAUGACCUCGCCCAAGCCCUCAUGAGGAAUAUGAAAGACCAAAAUAACUUUGGAAUGAAUUUUAUGUAUGAUAAUACUAACGCAGCGGAGUUACACGAAAUUGUGAGAUGUAAACAGAUUUGUGGGAUUGUAAACAAUAAAGCGGAUGUAGAAUGCUCUUGCUCUAAGGAUAAAUGGUGUAUUUUGUGGUUUUUGCAAAGGAAGUGGAAUCAGUUGAAAUUUGUAGAGACUAAGGAAUGGUUAGUACGAAAGAAAAAGAAGUAUCCUUCGACUGGUGUUAAUCAAAUUGAGGCAUAG